AUGGCGGAUUAUGGUGAAGGCUGGUUAAAAAAGUUCUCAAAGGUAUCCUCCGGCGCUGUGUAUCAAGCUGCUCAAAACCUGGGUAUUGAUAUUCCUGGGUAUACAUAUUCAACAUCUACUGACGUUUCUAGAGCAUUGGUGGAUGAUGUCAGCUUUAGGAUCCGUCAUGUCACGGAUAUCGCUUGCCAGUUUAUGCAUCAUGCAAAACGUAAGCGAAUGACAACGGAUGACUUUGACAAAGCUCUCAAAUGGAGUCGUGUCGAGCCACUCCAUGGUCACCAGACUGGGCAAGCCUCCACCUUCUGUCCCACACAGAAUAGCAGCGUGUUUGUUGUGCCGGAUGACCAGGUUGACCUCACCACCACAGCCCUGGCUGACACAUUUAUCGUGGACACACUACCAGAUAUGCCUCGUGUGGAAGCGUCUUGGGUUGCUGUUGAAGGAGCUACAGUGAGCAGCAGUACGAGUGUGGAACAUGGGCAGCCCUAUGUUGAGCUACAGAGAGGUGGAAAUGAGGCGAAUGAGAAGUACUUGUGUGUGUUAAUGGAGGCUCUGACUGGAGACCAGGGAGACAUCAGGAUGGUGGCUCUCACUGAUCUACAGAAGAACUCGGCCAUUGCUAAUAUUCUCCCUGACAUGGUCGCCUAUCUUCAAGAAACACUUUGUGACUGGAACCACUACAGCCCCUGUCAGUUGACCCACCUGCUCAAGCUCUGUCUGGCCCUCUUCCAAAACCCCCACCUUUAUCUGGAGCCGUACCUCUCUGUCCUCUACCCGAGGCUCAAGGCUCUGCUAUUGGACUCCAGUUACCUCGUGUGUGGGGAGGACUGGGAGCACUGGAGCGUGAGGGAGCUGGCAGCAGUCUCACUAGCCACACUCCUACACAGAUGUAGUCCACUCAGCGACAGUUUGUCAGACCUCCACUCGUCCCUCCGCCAGCUGUUGUUGUCACCAGACCCACCCCUCCCCUCGCUAUACGGUGCUCUGUUGACCCUCGCCUAUCUACCUGGGGACUGUCUGGUCACUAUACUGUACCCACGCAUUGAGGAGCUUGUCACUGGUCUUAGCACACAACUUGAGGGAAAGUUGGACACAACGAAAAGAGAAGAUAUCCUGCGAGUGUACGAGACACUACUGCUUUGUGCUGAGCUAUUGCUGACUAGUGGAUAUCAACUGGAACAACAGCAAACUCCUCCCACCCCACCACCUCCUCCUGAACCAAAGCCAACCCUAACCUCGCCCCCUAAAGAGCCGGGAAACCUCUUUGCUAACACCAGUUUUGAACUAAGUUCAGAGCCUACAGAUAUGGAAAUAGAACAUAGCAGUACACAAACUGACUCAGCACAAUUGGAAAUAAAGAACGAGCAAAAGACUCCCUCCCUGUACGAUCAGCUCAUAGAAUUAUUUGGUGAAAGCUUGUUACUUCGUUUGUCGGCUCUACCUCAAUUUAUGGCCCCCCCUCAAGCCUCUAAUUCACCCCCACCAUUGGAUCUCACCCACAAAAGGAACUCACACACAAGCCCUUCACUGUUGGCUUUCCUAAGCGAAGAGGGAUUCAAAUCUUUCAAAGUGGAGCUGCCGUUAGCUACUCCAUUGCAUCCACCCAAGAGAAACAGCUGGACCUUGACUGUACCCAAAACAAAGAUGCCUGUAAGUGGAAAUGUGCUAGAGCAAAAGUCGAGAGAAGCCAAGCAUAAGAAAAGAGACAGACGAGAAAGAAGAUUGCCACAAACAAAUCCAACUAUUAGCAAGGGACUGUGUGCAAGUUAUCGGAGACACAAUAGUAGGAGUGGUCUAGGCUUUGUAGGUAUACAGUCAGCAUGGCUCUAAAUGUAUUCAUGAUAAUUAUGUUUGUCACAUUUGCUCAUAAUUAAUACUUGUCAACAUGCUUUUAUUGAUGGCACCAUCACAACAUGCAGUGGUUGUUUUGACAAAUAUUAAUUACAUAACCUCCUUUGA